GCCUGAAGCGUGCAGCUGGUGGGAGGAGCGGGGUCAGCGGGAGCGCGGGGCGUGUCGCUCGCGCCGCCCAUCGGCGUUAUAUAAGCGGCGCGCGCGCACGCGGGCCGGGCAGCCGAAGCCCGCGCACAGUUCCACCGCGACGCCGAUAUAGCUGCGGUCUCGGAGUUCGCGCGUUUCACCCGGCAUCUGUUCGGCCCGGCCUUGGCAUCGCCUCCGAACCAGCUUACAUUCGUUUCUGCAUAUAAGCAAUAGCAGCAUGCUUAUCAACUGUGCGGUGCUUUUGCUGACGGCGUGGACGCUGCAGCCCGCUGAGGCCGCCACGGCCGCCAGCGUCAAGCUGUGCGGACGCAAGCUCAGUGACAUCAUGAGCAGGGUCUGCUACGUCUACAAUAGCCCCUCCUGGGGUGACCCCACAGUAGUAGAGCAGCCAGGCAUGCGUCGGAAGAGACAGGCCGGCAUCGCGGACCAGUGCUGCACCUUCGGGUGCACAUGGGAGCAGCUGAACGAAUACUGCGCAAUCAGUUCUAAUUCGGAGUCGGCGUUGAGCGAGCUGGAAGCCCACAUGCUGGAAACGCGAGGCACGGAGCACAAGCGCGAGGCGGAGCGGCAGGCCGCGCCGGAGACGCCGCCCGAGGUGGGACGCCGCAGUCGCGGGUACGGCCGCAGGAGGGGCCGUUGUUGGUGCCGGCGCAAGCGGCGCACGGGCCGACGGCGUACUCUCAUGGGUAACAUGAUACGAAACCAAAUCAAUAACAGACCAGAGCCCGUCGUGGGAACCGUGUCCCCAGUGCUGACGUGGGGCCGCACCCUCAACACCGACCUGCCGCCCAUGGAGCGCGACCGCUACAACUACGUCGCCGUCUACUCUUAAAAAACAUCGCUAUUAAAAACUACUUAGAGUUUCAACUUGUCAGAGCCAAUUGGAAGCUAGCGACGACACUGGACGCGACAAGAAACAUAAUGCGUCUCAAUUCAGCGCUAGCCACGACACAUUGACGUGUCGUGUCGUGAAGUUUUUUCAGCACUACAGGGAAACGGUGUAGCGGACUAUAGGGUAGCGCUACGACCGUAGCUUGGCAGUGAAUGAGUUAAAAUGGGCUGCCUUUUUUUUCCUGAAGUGCCUGAUUUAAACAUAUAACGAGCUGCAGUCAAGCCAAGUUUAAAUUAUGCCAGUGUCAUACUAAUAUUGGUAUAUAGGAUAAUAAUUUAUAUAUUUAAUAAUAUUUUAUAUUCCUAGUGGAAAUCAACACAUAUUAUACUUAUAAUGGUAGGUUAUGACGUAUUAUAAUUAGGUAUCAAAGCUUGACAAAUGUCAGCAUUUAUUUGUUGUUAAGUGCCUAUUCGGUUCACUUUUGCUGUAUUAUGGCACCAACACCAACAGCGGGGAGCGUCCGCCACUUGCCGCCACAGAUGAACGUGGCUACCGGUGGGUUUCUGUUAGUGUUCAACUCUAUCAUUUUUGGUGCACUUUGACAGUGAACCGAAUAUACCUAUAUUUAGCAAAUAUUGAAAGAAUUAUUUUAACAGUAAUUAAAUUUUUGAAGAAGAAGAAUUAGCUUGUAAAAUUGUGGAAAAUAAAAAUAUUUUAAUGAGUAAAGAUAGAACAACCACCUAGAAAUAUAAUUUUGUUGCAAUGGGGUUGGCAACUGUCAACGGUUUGCAUAGAUGGCGCCAUCAUAGCUUGCCCCUUUUUCUAUGAGAUUUGGCUUAAACGGCUGGCAUCCAGGGCAUUAAAAAAACAAAAAUUUGACACAAUUCUAGGGAUUGACGGGGCAAGCUAUGAUGGCGCCAUCUGCUAAAUACUUCGACCGGCCAACCCCAUUGAUUCGCUAGUAGGUGAGUAGGUAGGUAGGUAUCUUAGUUAUUAUUAAUAUAUUAUAUAAAAUCUAUUUCUAUUUAGAAACAUUUUAAAUUUAUCAAUAUCAGCCAUUUUAAUUUUAAUAUCAAAUGGAAUUUUACAAUAGCUACCGUAAAUAAGAUAAAAGAUAUUCAUUCCAAAUGACUACCGCCUUGAGUAUGAAAAUAAGUUUGUAUCCUAUACAUGAACAGUUUAAAAAAAUAUUUAGAUAAAACUGAUAUUAUGGAUAAAAUCUAGUGUAGGUGCCUAGGUUGAAAUGUGUGAUGUGUUCAAUUGUCAUUAUACCUACGUCUAAGAAUUAAGUUACUUGAGGUCUCGAAAAAUUCGGAAAAGUAGGAACUUUAUACCUCCUUAAACAGUUAGGUAUAUUAUAAUUCACAUACAAUAAUUGUAAUUUAUAAUCAUGUAUGAACUAGUACUAGAAUAAUAAUUAAGAGGGAUGGAACCUAUUGAACUAUCCUUCACUGUGCAUUAUCAUUCUUUAUCAUAAUAGUUCAAAUAAUCUAAGGUUCUAAUAUAACAAAUAACUUCUAUAAUAUAAGGUUCAAAGAUCUCUAAAGCAUCUGUGAUAAUUCCAACCGAGAUAAUUUUAAUUUAUAAAUAUUUCGUAGAAUCACCAUAAUUGUGUAGCAUAAAGUAUUUUCCUUGACAUGAUAGCGAAUGCAUUGUAUGUAAUUUUAAGUAAUUAAAUAUAAAAUAGGAACCAAUUUGACUGAAGUGGAUGCUGUAAUAGAAAAAUCAUCCUCAUGUACAUUAUCUUAUUUAAUAUUUCAUUAAGCAUCUAAUCUAAGCAAUACAAAGGUUUAUUAAAAUAUUGCAUGGUUU